AUGACUUCAAUUGAGAUCGAAGCUGCUGAUGUCGUUCGGCUCAUCGAGCAGUAUUUGAAGGAAAACAAUUUGAUGCGUACUUUAAAUACUUUGCAGGAAGAAACAAAUAUUUCGUUAAACACUGUCGACAAUCUGGACAAUUUCUCGCACGAAAUUGGAGCUGGUCAUUGGGAUUCUGUUUUAAAGAUCAUUCAACCAUUGAAGCUUCCCGCUAAAAAGUUGAUUGACCUCUACGAGCAGAUGGUUCUUGAGCUUAUCGAACUACGCGAACUUGGAACUGCGCGAUUGAUCUUGCGUCAAACAGAUCCCAUGUCGUUGCUGAAACAAAGUGAUAUUCAAAGGUAUACUCGGCUUGAAAAUCUGAUGGCUAGAUCUUACUUCGACGCUCGGGAUGUGUAUCCAGAUGGAAUGAAUAAAGAAAAACGGCGAUCACAAAUUGCUCAAUCUUUAGUGACUGAGGUCAAUGUUGUUCCUCCUUCUCGUUUACUUGCUCUGCUCCAACAAUCACUCAAAUGGCAACAGCAUCAAGGUCUACUUCCACCAGGUACGAGGAUCGACUUGUUUAGAGGAAAGGCGGCAAUGAAGGAGCAAGAAGAAGAACAUUACCCUACUCAACUUUCGCGUCAAAUCAAAUUCGGAAACGAUUCCUAUCCGCUAUCCGCUACAUUUUCCCCAGAUGGGCAGUUUCUCGUAACUGGCUCAAAGGACGGUUUCAUUGAAGUGUGGAACUUUAUGAACGGAAAACUUCGCAAAGAUUUGAAAUAUCAAGCGCAAGACAAUUUGAUGAUGAUGGACACUGGUGUUUCUGCUUUGAGCUUUAGUCGCGACUCAGAAAUGCUUGCAUCGGGAUCAAUAAAUGGCCGAAUCAAGGUCUGGAAAAUAAUGACUGGAGAAUGUCUGAGACGCUAUGAUUCCGCGCACUCUGGCCCAAUAACAGCGCUACGUUUCUCCAAGGACAAUUCGCACGUUCUUUCGGGAAGCAAUGAUACGAUAGUGAAAAUUUUUGGCCUGAAGUCUGCAAAAUGUUUGAGGGAAUUACGAGGACACACAUCUUUUGUAACUGACGUCCGGUACACUGAAGAAGGGCACCUGGCGUUGUCAUCCUCUGCAGAUGGAACUGUGAGAGUGUGGUCUACCAAAACAGGCGAAUGUCAAACAACUUUCCGCGUCGAAGGUGAUGUACCUGUGCAUAGUAUCGUUCAAAUGCCAAAAGACCGAUCAAUUUGUUGUGUGCAACCGCAGCACUCGUAUUUAUAUUGUCAACUUGCAAGGACAGGACGAGGAGAAUGGGCGUAUGCGGUUGCCGAAGAUCGAACACUAUACUGUUUCUACACUCUUACCGGCAAUUUAGAAAGCACAAUACCGGUCGCUGAUGCAACCGUUCUUGGAAUCACCCAUCACCCACAUCAAAAUAUCAUCGCAACCUUUGCGGAAGAUACUCAACUGAAGCUAUGGAGAGAU